CCAAUUUUCUCUCUAACCCCCUAUUCCUUCUAAUCCACCUCUUCCAAUUCACUCCUUUAAAGAGAGUUCCACCUCUACAGUACAAACUAAAAUCCUCUGUUCCAAAUUUUCACAGCACACAAAAACUAUACUAUAAUUGGUUGGUAUAUUCAUUCAAUCAUGUCUAUGUUCUCAUAUCACAAACAUUCUUCUAACCGUUUCUUCAUUUUCCUACUUAUCCUAGCUUUCAAAGGGGUAACAAUUUCAGCAACAACAUUCACAUUCGUGAACAAAUGUGACCACACAAUAUGGCCAGGAAUUCUAGGAAAACCAGACCUCGGAACAACCGGUUUUGAACUCAAAAAAGGAAAUACACAAACCUUCCAAGCACUAGCCGGUUGGUCAGGUAGAUUCUGGGCAAGAACCGGUUGCAAAUUCGACGAUUCUGGUCACGGAACUUGCUCAACCGGUGACUGUGGUUCCGGAGAAAUUAACUGCAAUGGUAACGGUGCAACACCACCGGCAACAUUAGCAGAAUUCACUCUAGGAAAUAGUUCGCCAGAUUACUAUGACGUUAGUCUCGUAGACGGUUACAAUCUUCCGGUGAUGGUUGAAACUAGUGGCGGUUCAGGUUCAUGUCAGGCCACUGGAUGUGGAGAGGAUCUUAACCGGAGGUGUCCCUCGGAGCUGAGAGUGGACGGUGGUGACGCGUGUAAUAGCGCGUGUGGCGCGUUUGGGACACCGGAGUAUUGUUGUAGUGGCGCGUUUGGUUCGCCAUCGAGUUGUUCGCCUUCGGUUUAUUCGGAAAUGUUUAAAUCUGCUUGUCCUAAAUCUUAUAGCUAUGCGUUUGAUGAUGCUACGAGUACUUUUACUUGUACUGCUGCGGAUGAUUAUACUAUCACAUUUUGUCCUUCUUCUUCUCCAAGUUUGAAGUCAUUGAUGGAGUCAAAGCCAGGAUCAUCAGUAGAACAAGCUGCAGUAGCUACUAAAUCUUGGAUAGCAAAUUUGGCUACAGGAGCUUCCACAAGAAUAAGCCAACCAUUUUCAACUUCCAUGUCUAUAUUUUUUGUUGCUAUCACUUUCAUAUUUUCAUAUUUAGUCAAUUAGUCUUUUUCCAAGUGACAUCUCAUUUGCAUAUUCUCUCAUAGACCCUUUAUGACAUAGGACAAGGAUCAAACAACAUAUGUAGUUGGUGUAAUUAACAUAGAUUAUGAUUGUUGAAUUCUAUGUAAAUUAUAAGCAUUUUUAAUUAAUCAUUUUAUUGAAGCUA